AUGGAAAUAGGCGAAGCCGUGGUAUGGCAAUACGCGCAGAGAGAAUCAGAGCCUAGUCAGAAUGUGCUUAGGCACCGCAAAUCCGCGCCUCUGUUAGACACACUGGACCAGGAUCCUUUUGAGGAGCUUGUAAAGCAGACCUCGACGCUUUCUCUUGCAGAGAAACAACCAGAAAACAGGUCUUUUUUCUAUUGGAAAUACGUGGUCUCGCCUCUUCUCCUCACAGCACUCUCCGCUUAUGUGCGCUUCUAUGGUAUCACCAACAACCACAGCGUGGUGUGGGACGAGGCACAUUUUGGCAAAUUCGGCUCGUACUACAUCCAGAGAGAGUUUUAUUUCGACGUGCACCCGCCCUUGGGAAAGUUGCUUGUGGGUCUCUCGGGCUAUUUGGCCGGAUUUGACGGCGAGUUCAAAUUUGAGAGUGGGCAGCCGUUCCCGCCAGGAUACCAUUUCAUGCGCAUGCGGCAGUUCAACUGUGUGUUUAGUGUCUUGUGCACGCCCCUUGCGUAUUUUACGGGCUUGGAACUCGGCUACUCCACAUGGACCGCGUGGUAUGUGACGCUCAGCGUGGCGCUUGAGAUGUUGUCGCUCACGUUGUCGAAGUUCAUUCUCCUCGACUCAAUGCUCUUGUUUUUCACCGUGCUGACAUUUUUCUGCCUCUCAAAGUUGCAUACUUUGACCAGGUCAGACAGCCUUCUAUCUCUCCGAGGACUUGCGUGGCUAGCCAUUUCAGGUGUGUCUAUCGGCUGCGUGUGCUCUGUGAAAUGGGUCGGCUUGUUUGUUACCUUACUCUUUGGCUUUUACACGAUCUACGACCUCUUGGUGAAGUUUUUUCAGACCACGGUCGACCCGAAAAAGCUCCCUGGCACCUACAUGUCCAUCAAAAAGUAUAUUAUACAUUGGCUAACCCGGGCUGUUUUCUUGAUCGCUGUGCCAUUUCUCAUCUACGUGGUCGCAUUCAGAGUACACUUUGCUGUGCUCUCGAAAUCUGGAACGGGCGACGGACUGAUCUCCACUCUACUCCAGGCCUCAUUAGAAGGAAACACUUUAAAAAACGGGCCUAGGUCGGUUGCAUACGGCUCUCUUGUCACGCUUCGAUCUCAGGGAUUAUCGCCCAACUUGCUCCACUCUCACCCUUCAUUGUACCCCGAAGGAUCCCGCCAGCAGCAAAUAACGACUUACGGGUUCAAAGACGAUAAUAAUGAGUUCCUUCUCGAGUUUGAUAUGUUGACCUCGCUGAGCCAGAAUCGUUUUGCCACCUUGGACUACGACGAUCAGCAUCCUGAUUAUGUUCUUGAUUACACGCGCCUCGUGAAGGACGGCGAUAUCAUCCGAUUGAAACACAAAAAUACAGGUUGCUUUCUCCACUCGCACCCGAUUGCCGCCGCGGUCCUGUCAAAUCAGUACGAGGUGUCAUGCUACGGUGGUAUUACCAUCAAUGACGACCAGGACGAUUGGGUCGUCGAAGUUCAAACGCAAGAUCGGUCGCCUUCUGUGGAGUUCCAAAAUGAAAGCAGUAACGAACUCCACCCAAUUUCCACGAACUUCAGACUCAGACACAAAGUCGUUGGCUGCUACUUGGCGACUUCAGGCCACGCGUACCCAGCAUGGGGUUUCCAGCAAGGAGAAGUAAUGUGUAAAAACUCUUUUUUGACUCUGGAUAAGAGCACGUGGUGGAAUUUUGAAGACCAUGUGAAUGAACAUUUUCCCACCCCCGAGACACCUUAUGUGGCACCUAAGCCCAAGUUCUGGAAAGAGUUCAUCUUGUUGAAUUAUGGCAUGAUGGCCUCGAACAACGCUUUGGUACCGGAUCCAGAUCACUUUGACCACUUGGUCUCAAGCUGGUGGGAGUGGCCUAUAUUAAAGUCUGGCCUUCGUAUGAACAGUUGGGGCCCGGGUUCGUACCGAUACUUCCUCAUUGGUAACCCGUUCGUCACAAUCUUCUCAACUUUGUGUAUCUUCUUGGCAGCUCUCACAUUCGGAGGUAUUCUGUUUGCAUGGCAACGCCAGAUCAUCAAGUUAGGAGUGUUUUCGGAUGAGUGGGGAUUUAUUCUUGCCGGCGGCAUACUUCCCUUCUUGGGCUGGAUCUUACAUUACCUUCCUUUUGUUGUGAUGGGCCGCGUAACUUACCUCCAUCACUAUGUGCCUGCACUUUACUUCGCCAUCUUUGUUUCUGGGUUCUUGGUCGAAUACUUUAUCGCUAGAAGGACGCGAGCAUACUUCUGUUACAUCAUAUUCCUCAUUCUUUACGCGUGUAUCAUAUGCGUAUUUUGGUAUUAUAAGCCGCUUGCGAUGGGAAUGUUGGGAAGUGCAAAUAAUUACAAACAUCUCAAGUUGUACAGGUCGUGGAAUAUUUGA